AUGACGGUGAUUACGCCUCUUUAUGCGUUGGUCAAUCGCCUCGGGCAGCCUGCAGUACAAGACGGCUCGAACCCGUCACCACAAACCCACUUCGAGCUCCUUCAGAUGAUCAACCAACUUAGGUUGGCCGUGGAAACACCGACUGAGACCGUGCUGCGUCUUAUCUAUCAACCUCCACAGAAUGCCGCCUUGCGCUGUGUGAUUGAUAUGGGAAUCUUCCCUGUGUUGAUAGAAAAACAUCAUCUAGAUAGGGGAGUGUCAGCGACUCGGUUAGCGGAGCACACUGGUGCUGAACGGGACUUGAUCGCUGGACCGAGCUCAUAUUUUUUGGCAGUCCGCUUGAUGCGUAUGAUGGCGUCCCUUGGGCUGUGUAGUACCCCAGCUCCGGGGGUUUAUCGAGCCAACGACAAAACUGUGGCGUUGACGCAGCCAAUUGGCCGAGAUGGUGUACCCUGCAUAUAUGAUCUCACAGUGCCCACCUUGAGUAAAUUAUCCGAGUAUCUGCGGGCUCAUGAGUACACCAACCCACAGGAGUAUGCCUGCUCGCCCAUGCAUUGGGCAGUAGGCCAGAGCCAAUUCGAGUGGCUGGCUAGCCACAAAGAUCAGCAGACUUUGUUCAAUUCAUACAUGGCCAGUCGCAGACAGGGUACGCCCAUGUGGUUUGACGUGUACCCCGUGGAGAGGUUGCUCGGUGGUGCGGUUCCCAAAGAGGAUACGGUCUUCCUGGUAGACAUUGGUGGCAAUCAAGGCCACGACCUAACCAGAUUCCACCAGCGACACCCCCAUCUCCCGGGAAGGCUGGUGCUGCAGGAUCUUCCCAAAGUGGUGAACGGAGUAUCGGGUCGAGAUGCAGGUAUUGAGGUGAUGGCGUAUAGCUUCCUGGAUCCUCAGCCCGUCCAUAGAGCUACAGCGUAUUACUUCCGUGCCAUCUUCCAUGACUGGCCUGAUCAUAUUUGUCGCCAGAUCUUGCGCAAUACCAUGUCUUCCAUGGCAGCUGACCAUUCGCGCAUUCUCAUCGUUGAUUUUGUCUUGCCGGACACGGAUACCCCUUUACUGCAGGCAUCUUUGGACAUUCAGAUGAUGAGCAUCGGUGCCGGAGUCGAGCGAUCAGAGAGUCAAUGGCGAGACUUGCUGCACAGUGUUGGUUUGGAAAUUAGCGGAAUUUGGAAUCAUAGUCCAGGCAUGGAGUCCGUGAUCGAGGCAGUUCCUAUGGCGGGAAAGAGAGAUGUUGUGUGA